CACCUCCACCUUGGUGAAGGUGUACGGCGACGACAGCUGCGAGUGGUCCGGAAAGAGCAGGCUGUCCAGCAGGCCGGCGCCGCCGUCGGACAUGGGGCAGUGCACCACAUCCACCCGAGCGGAACCGCCCUUCUCGAAGCCGCGGAACGCACGCUCAAUGGCGAGGCCGGCGUCGCACGCGGUGAGCGUCCCCUUGAAGGAGUCACAGCACGCCAGCACGCGCUCCCACGAAUACUGCUUCGUCGACGAGGACAUUGAAAUUAGUUAUCGAACGAGGAAUCACCUUUGUUUUACCGGCUGA